CUUCUGCAGUCGCAUUGGCGCAGCUGCACGGCGCAUUUGUUAGAAAUACCAAACGGCUUGGUUGGUUAUGGUUUGCCUUUGCGUGCUGCGAUCGCUCAGUAACGAAAAUAAAAAUACUCUUUUAAAAAAAAGACAGAACAAACCGCUCCUUCUUAGAUCGUGAGCUACCGCCUAGUAACAUCACAAGACAGAAAAAUCCGAAGCAUGAACGUCAGUGUGGUGUCUGGCGAGGGGCUUCCGGACAAGGCCUACGUGUCUAUUUAUGGACGUGGAAAGAACCGGUGCCACUCUCGGUGGACCGCCAGGAAAGGCAAAGGAUUGUUUUGCGUAAGAUUUCUACAAAAAACCAAGAGAUGAAGUUCGCGACGCCUCCUGUUGCAGAACUGAGGACACUGAUCGUGCACUUCCAUCGUGCUGAAGUAUAAUAUAGCAGACUAACAGAUAUUACCCACAUGAUGGUGCUAGUGUGUGAUGUGUGCAAGACCGAUUUGGCUAUGUGCUAAUCUACUGGGUUACUAGGGAGGCUCGACGUGUUUGAAGAUGUAGAAAAAAGGGCAGGUCGUGCUGUAGUAAGAUUGUCUUGCCGCGCAAGCGUGUAGUUGCCUUCCUUGGCUGAGGGUCGUACUAGUUUUCCGAUUGACACUCUUCGGAUCGGGGAACAACGGCGACAGGCCCCGUUUCGUGCGGAUGCGACCCCCUUUCCAUUUCCGACGUCCAACCACGCCACCAUGAAGGUGGACGUGUUUCAGAAGGUGGCAUCAAAAAUCGUUCCGCUCAGCUCCAUGAAAGCAGACCCGCAGUUCUACGACACUGCAAACAAAAGCUAGCUUACAACCAAAACUACUGUGUAAUAUUAUGCUAUUCAAAACACGAACGAAUUGGUCAUGGGCAUCAAGUGUGCAGAGGUACAUACAUACUUAUGCGCGGCAGCUUCAGAAUCAGAACCAUUUUUGCAUGAAAGCUUCGUUGAGAUAAAAAUAUAUAUUGUAUGCCAGCUUUUUAUGACUUUUCUCCGUGAUAAAUUCCACGAGCUCGUGGAGAUGGAGAGCGGCAUCAAGCUCACGCUGGGCUGUACGUCGGACAGCCAGAAACAGGAUGUGAACAAGUCCCGCUCUAGCCGGCAUGAAUCGGCUCUGAAGGCCACAAAAUAUCUGGACGAACACGCGGUAUGAUACUAUAUGUUCUAUCCCUGUUUUUGCUUUUCUGUUUCUGCUGGAUGAGUAGAAGUGAAAACGUUGUACUUAUUUUUGAAGAUGCCCCAAGCCCAAAUGCCAAUGCGUCAAUGAUUCUCUUCUCCAUCGCUGUUGUUGUCGCAUAUUACGCAACUACUAGCGAUUUUUCUUGGUUGUACGAAGUAGAAAACGUACUCCAUGAGGACCUGUGCACAUUUUUCAGCGACCGAGCCGGUGCAGCCGUCGAUCGUACUCAGAAACGGCAUUCCUUUUUAGCAUUCUAGAUCAUAUACUUGCAUGAGAAUUUAUAGCUAUGCCUGCGGGCGGCCGCGCGGGGGCGGUCAGGGGCACCCUCCAAACGUUAGCACCAAUUUUGAUAAUCCUGUUCCUGAUGAUGAAGAUGAUUAUGAUGAUGACGGUUAUUUUCCUGUCGCGUACAAGAACAUGCUCAUGCGCCAAGUGCUCUUUUGAAUUGAUGUGAUUUCUCAAACUGUAGGUGCAAGGGACGUUGCAAAGCAUGAUUCACGGUCUUUUGGCGAAACAGCCUGGCGAUCCGUUGGCAUUUAUGAUUUCGUACCUGUCGCAGCAAAAAGGACAAGACUCCCCCGCCGGAUCCCCCUCGGCCCGCGCAGCGGCUGCGGAUCCGGAUGCACCUGCAGAGGCGCCGGCAGAGGAAUCCAUUGCCAUUGUGCCGAGCAACGUACCGGACUACGCUUCGAUGCCGGGUCUGGGGUAUCACAACAGUAACAGUGCUGUACCUAGUCUGCGUUAAUAACGUGAGUCAUCCUAAGAAUGUUGUAGUGUGUCGGCUGCGACGAGACAGAAUCAGAAAUCGAUAUGAGGCAUUGAAGAUCAUUGCAGGUGGUCGUGAAUCAACAAGUUGAUUGAAAUUCGAAGAGUUUCAAAUGCAACUGCAAAAAGUCGUAUUCGGAGGGCACAGCGUAAUUAUAAACGUUAGCUGCAGCGGUUUUUGAUUUCAUACAAUCGACGAGGAGUACCCCGGCUUUCCGGCAGACGUUUGCCCGGACGAAAUGCCAGACCUCAGCAAGCACGCCUCCAUCAGUAUGAUUUGUGAAAAUCCACCGUCUAGGACGUCGUAUUUGUCGUGCGUUUGGAUGAACAUGAAGCCGGAAUGAAACGUCAGAAACAAAAAUUGCAUUCCUGCUUGUCUUUCCCCAAUCAAUUUCCCAUGAUCGAUACGGCAGCAAAACUAUUUCUCUCUUGGGCCCCUUACCCUGCGGCUGAGCAUGACGUUAGCGUUACUUUUCAGGCCAAUAAAACACGCGCGCAAGAUUUCGUUCUUUUUGCAAAAUCGCAGAAAGAAGACAAGUACACGAACAGACCAGGAACGAUUUGCAAUGUGAUGAAGGUGGCCGAUGUCCUCAAAAAGGACCCGAGUAUCUACGCGACCCUGAAGGAGAAGCGUACCGCCAUGGGUGUGGGAUUUGCCAGAAUCAUCAAAACAGGUACUGUAGAUGUAAAUUAUAUAGUGGCAUCACUAAAAACAAAAAGAAUUUUGUUGCACUAGGAGCAUAUUGCGGUGCAGUUUCGUGAAAUUAUUAUAAAAGAGAGGGGCAGGUGGAAUUUGGUGCGUUUCCGGCUUUGUCAUGUUGAGAACUUUCUUGUUACAUCAAACAAGCCGAAAAUAAAUCGGACCCGAAUUCGCAAAGGUCUGUCCGUGAUGCCUGUGCGUGGUGUGCUGGUCCUAGAUUUGCGUGUGCAUUUGUUUUCUACAUGAGAGUGAAGCGUGCCGCGCGACAUGGUCACUGUUACAACUUAGUGCACAGAAUCAAAGAAUGAAGCGGGCAGUUAUGGUGGCAGCCGUGUGAGAAGUGCUGAUUCAUCAUGAACACGACGAAAUCAAAACAAGCAAAUACAGGAAUGGACAACAAGGGGCACCCGAUGGUGAAAACGUGCGGCUGCGUCGCAGGUGAUGAAGAGUCGUUCAGCAUGUUUGCCGAGUUGUUCGAUCCGGUGAUUGAUAUUCGGCAUGGCGGCUACUAUCAAAUGUAAAAAUGUCUGGGUCGGGAAGGAUGCAAAGUUUGUCAUGCACAUUUUGCAUGACUCCUGAUGUCUGCGAUGCAUGCCCUAGCAUCACAGAUCUUGUGAGGGCUUUCUGAUGCCUAUACCGCAUGAGAGAUGCCCUCUCGCCGGGGCCAAAACCAGACCUCUUUUGCUGUUCAUGCAAUACAGAUUUUUGCAUAAUGCAGACGCAGCAUCACAAGUUGCAUUCUUCCAGACCUGGACAUUUUUACAUUUGAUAGCUACCCUGCGAGCGCAAAACACCCAACCGACAUGGACGUGUCCAAACUGCUGGACACAGAAAUUGACCCGACGGGAAGUUUAUCAAAUGCAAAUAUGUCUGGGUCUGGAAGAAUGCAUGUUUGUCAUGCUUGUCUGGCAUGACUCUUAAAUCUGUCAUGCACGUCACCCAAGAGCUCCACUGUUCUGUGAUGCAGGAACGCAGUUUGUCAUGCAGAAUAGGCAACACCUAGAUAGAAGCUCAGAAACUUGUCAUGCUGAGCCAGCAUUUGCAUUUGUGGCCUCAUCAUGAGACGCCACUCAGCAUCACAAGUUUCCAGACCCAGACAUUUUUACAUUUGAUAAAGUUACUGACGAGAAAGGAGUGAUGUGUGACAUUCGUUUACUACUGUGACGGGCUUUCUGUAGCUCCUGUGCAUUUUUGACCAGCUGCAGAAAUAAGUACUUAUAUUUAAAUUAGUACUUCUGCCCGAGGGGCCGUUGGUUCUCCUCUUCAUCCUUCGGACGACACUGGUCUCGUGCAAAACGCAAUGAAGGGAAACAAGAAUGACAUUUACAUUUUACAGCCUGCCGGGCAAAAAAUGCUGCAAAAGGAGUGUCUGCGAAGCACGAUAACCGUGAUUUUUUUUGCGCGCCCGGCGAGCGUUGUUGCGACUCUGUAAAUGAGUUGUCACUCAGAGAUUUUUACCUCGAUACAAACUACGUUAUCUCUACCCGCGUCCGGACCGGCCGCAGCAUUCGUGGCAUCGUUUUGCCUCCAAGCCACACCCGGGACUCCAGGAAGGAGCUGGAGCGCGUCGUGGUGAGUAUCACGUUGAGAAAAAACCCUUCCCGGGGAGAUAAUUGUCAGAUAGAGACAAGUUAAAAUUUUCACCAGUUCCAGAAGUUGGGACAGCGAGCUCGCUCUUUCAUCUGUCGAACAUGAGAAAUUGGAUGUCAUGGCGAGGCUUUCUGCAUUUUUUUUUCGGAAGGUGGGGCACAUUUCUCUGCAAGAAUCAAAGCGCUGAUGUCGCUGGAGGGCGAACUAUGUAAGAAGAAAUGAGAAUGACCGUCACUACAUACAGUUUCGCAUUUCAAGCAUUACUACAAAAUCCUUAAAAGACAAGAAGCAACAUUCAAUUCUUGGCACACGGAGAUUUCAUCUGUUGUCUUUCUGCAAACGCGACAUGGUGGGCACAUUUACUUAAGUAUUUUGGAUGCGAAAGUUGGAAAACAGUGAUAGUACAAUUGAGUGACCCUCCAUACGAACUCAAGGGCGACUACUAUCCGCUCGCAGGGUCGACGUCCUACGCCCCGAAGCCAACGGGCAUGACGAUGGAAGAGGAGGAGCAGAUAUCAAAUCAACUAUACCGGUCUGGGUCUGCAAGCUUGUGUGACUCGAAAUGCCAUAAAUAUUUCUGACAACACGAGUCAAAACUCUAUAUUCCAUGUUGAUGCGACGCGGUGUCAGUCAUUCAUUUGUCAUGCAAAAGCGGGGCGUGAGGGUGAGCGUGUGCCUGUGCGUGUCAAUGUCAUGCUCAUGCCAUGCGAUCUACCCAAGACGCUGUCGCGGAAAAACUUGUCAUGCCGAGGAGUUCCGUAUCGGAGUUUUCUCGUUAUCCAAAUAUUAGCAUAAUUUUUCCGAUCCAGACAACUUUGCAUUUCAUAACGGAAGCGCGAAGACCAUUUCCUCUUCCAAGUACUUCACUUUUCUAUAGGUUUUAUGGUCCACCUCUCCACAGUGAAGAUAUGUAAGUAGCCCUCUUCCCAGCCGUCUAGUUUUUGAAGCACCCUGAUACAUCUGUUUGAGUUAUAUGUUUAUCACUGUUCUUGCCAGGGCGAUUCUAGUUUUACUAACAGUGGUGAUGCUGUUGAUGACAAGAAACGACGGGUGUAUACAUAGAACUUCGAGCACAAAACGCAAAAUUGAUGAAAAUCAAUGGAACAGGAACCUGAUUCCACUCUAUUGCUGUCGGGCGGUAUGGGCCGACACUGGCCCGAGGGUCGGUAUCCCACCAGAAAAGCCUAUUUACAGUUACACAUUUUUCCUGAUUGAUUCAGCAACUAACACUGACUUGACAAAUCUAUUAUCAUCUACGAGGACCACGAUGAGAUCGUAUGUAGUGAGGUCACCGAACGUGUGUGCUCCUGCGCAUUAAUUUUACGUGUGGCAGACAGCUGAUCUGAACAAGGUUGCGGCUCCAGGAACGAACCUGAUGUGAAACUGUCAAGAAGGAAAUUUUGCUUUGCAUAGUUGAGGUAUCUUUCACAACGACAAGAAGAACUUCCUCGUCUGGGUGAACGAGGAGGACCACACCAGGAUUAUUUCCAUGCAGAUGGGCGCCGACAUAUCCUUGUAAAAACGUGGUCUGGAGGUCCCCCACCUCAGAUUUGUCAUGCAAGUUUGCAUGCUGAGGCUGAUGCUCAGGAUUUUUCUCAUGCGCAGCCCAAUGAGGAGCAUUCUCUGUUUCUGAUGCUGUCUGGCAGUUUGUUAUACUAGGAUCAUUUAUAUGAGUAUAAAUCUGCGAAUGCGAUGCAGCUGCACUAGCUACAGACGCUUGCUGCAUGGCGAAACCAAACUUGUCACGCGCAGCAGCCUCAAAUUGCCCGCAAGUGUGAAAGAUCCUUCUGUGCAGCCGCGCAGCCUGUUUAUGUCCUGCACGACGAACAGCCAAAGCUUCUCGGUGUAGGUACUUCCUGAAAUGCCCACUUUGCUACUUCUGGAACAUGAUCGUUUUUGCACAGGAUGCGACAUCAAGGAAGUGUUCACCCGGUUUGCGACGGGUUGCAACGCCGUGCAGGAUGUCGUCAAGGCGGAGGGGUACGACUUCAUGCACAACGACCAUUUGGGAUACGUCCUCGUCUGCCCGUCUAACCUCGGAACCGGGUUGCGCGCCAGCGUGAUGGUUAAGAUUCCGCUCCUCUCCGCGCGACACGAUUUCAAGGAUAUCUGCAAGGGCAUGGGUCUGCAGGCGCGGGGUGGUGCGGGCGUCGACAGUGCGGCUGUUGGCGGCAUCUUCGACAUCUCUAACUCGGACCGCCUCGGAAAAUCCGAGGUGACGCUGGUGAACAACAUGAUCAGUGGUUGCGCGAAGAUUGUGCAGAUGGAGCAGGCACUGGAAAAGGGCGAGUUUAUCUACGAAUUCAUGCCCGGCCUCGGGGAUGAGGAGUAUCCCGGCUUCCCCCACGACGUGUGCCCGGACGAGUGCCCGGACCUCUCAAACCACAAUAGGUACGUCUAAAUUUGUUCCUACGUAUUCUUGCCGCUGCCCACUUUUUCUUUUUCUCUUUCCCAGUACGUAGCAUCAGCCGCAUAUGAACGAAGUGCAACCAGCUUGCAAUAAAAAAUGCAAAACUCGCUGCCAUCCAAAGCCACAGGUGCGGUCUUUCGCUUGUAAGUCCUCAAAUAACUACUCGACUCUCACAGCAUCAUGACCGACGUACUGAAGAAGGACCCGACGCUUUAUGCAAAUCUAAAGGACAAAGUUACUAGCUAUGCAUGAGAUUCUCAAAUAACGUUACAUUGCUAGCUGGUUGCUUGCUGUUUCAUCCAAAAUCGCCAUCAGCCGCCAGCACCACGCCCACGCAAUCAAGCUACUUCGCAUGUCCAAACAGGAUUGAUGUCUCUCUGUGCCGAAGUAAGUUUUGAUGCGAGAGGAGCAAGCUCCCCCUUUCACUCUUUCAUGGUGGAAGAUGACACGGCUCUACGAGCUAUUAAUUAGGGGUUUCAUUGUUCAUUUUGUUAUUGCACCGCAAGUGUGUGUAGCCAACAGAGGACACUGUAACGCUCGAGAACUCCAUACUGCCGGAGGGGUGACGUUCGCGCGGUGCAUCAAGACCGGCAUGGACAACAAAGGACACCCGAUGAUCAAGACUUGCGGUUGCGUGGCCGGAGACGAGGAGUCCUGGACUGUGUUUGCCGACCUCUUCGUAUGAGACUGCACAACUUCCCCUUUCCCUCAUUUGUCAUGGAAAAUACCAUGUCCACUCGUUCCCUCUUAGGUCUGUUGUGCAUGACAAGUUUCAUCCUUCGGUGUCCGCCUGACCUUGUUGUGCACUUCGGUGUCCGCCUGACCUACCUUCCCUGCGUGACAGCCAUCUGCGGCCGUUUGCAAAGGGGGAGGCAAAGUGUGCCGCACUUCUGUUUAGCAUGACAAGUUUCAUCCAAACCGCACUGCAAUUUGUCAUGCGGAGGCCACACUUCUGCCAAUGCUUGUGUUGCUGUUCAUGCCACUCAAGUGAGGGGGAGGGCGAGUUUUGCAAUCUCAUACUUCGAUCCCGUUAUCGACAUUCGCCACGGAGGGUACAGCAUUGAUGUUGACGCCGCAACUUUAUUCAUCACAGUUUCAUCCAAAAGAAAGAUUGACAUUGAAUAAGGGCGCGAUCUUCUCGGUGAGCAACUUCUCACUUUAUUCUGCUCCUUCGUGCAGUUCAUCAGUUUCAGUUGUGCAAAGGGAGCUGUACAACUCAAAUGUUUUGUCGAUUUGUGGCGCGGCGGCGGCCAAUUUAUAUGAAGCACUUUGUGGCGCUAGUGCAAGUGCUGCCACAGAGUAAAGACUACUACAUACGUCAGUUGCAGAAAAGUGCCACGGCUCCUGUCUGGAAGUUGUCUACUGUAUGAUCUGCACAUAAGUAGUACAGAUAGUCUGAUACCACGCAGCAUUGUAUACAACAAGUUUCCAGCUUUUGCCUCGCGGAUGAAGAUGACAGACAGCAUCGGGUCACGACGAGAAAGAACCAACGUGAAUACAGGUAUGCCAAAACCGCAAAGCAUCCGACUGACAUGGAUGUUUCUAAAUUGUCCACGACCUCCAUCGAUCCCACCGGCGAGUACGUGAUUUCGACUCGCGUGCGGACCGGCCGCAGCAUCCGGGGUAUCCUGCUGCCGCCGGCGUGCACGAAGGAGGGCCGCCGCGAGCUGGAGCGCGUCGUGGUCAAGGCGCUGAUGACGCUGGACGGGGACCUGAAGGGCGACUACUACCCGCUCGCGGGCAGCAAGUCCUACGAACCCAAGCCGAACGGGAUCACCUACGAGGAGGAGGAAACCUUGCGCAAAGAGCAUUUCCUCUUUCAGGAGCCGGACUCCACGCUGCUGCUCUCCGGGGGCAUGGGUCGGCACUGGCCGGACGCCCGCGGUAUUUUCUUCAACGACAAAAAGAACUUCCUGGUCUGGGUCAACGAGGAGGACCACACCCGAAUGUAUCCCAGAGAUGAAAAAAGCGGAACGAGGAUCCACUCCAACAUCCGCUGGGUAACUAAAAAAGGAAGCUGGACAGCGGAAAAAUUAUCGGAAACAAAUGUCGUUUUUGCAUGGUUUGGACGGCGGCUUAGUGCUAUGGGCUCCCCGCGGCGGCCCAGGUUGAUGGGAUCAUCGCGGAAUUACAAUUACUACUUUCUCGAACUCAACAUAUUAAGCUUUUUUUUUAAUUGCAUCUGAAACAGCGCCGCAUGUACAUGAUCGGUCUCGGUUCUAGCUUUUUCUCGAUGGGAUAGGAUCAUCUCCAUGCAGAUGGGAGCCGACAUCAAAGAGGUCUUCGAGCGCUUCGUCAGUGGCUGCAACGCCGUGCAGGACGUCGUAAAAGCGGAGGGAUACGACUUCAUGCACAAUGACCAUUUGGGAUACGUCCUCGUCUGCCCGUCCAACCUCGGAACUGGAUUGCGAGCAAGUGUCAUGGUCAAGGUAGUGCUUUCUUACUGGGUUGAUCGUGUUCGUAUUUUUUUAUUUUACCUGUGCAUAGAUUUUCUACUGCUCCUCCUUGUUCUGGUUUGCAGUCCCGCACGCCCAUAUUAACUAUCCACUUCGGGUAAAUGUGGUAGCUUCGGUGGUGAAGAUAGAGAUACAGCUACACAUACAGCUCGAACUGAUCAUACGCGUUUUGUUCGUCCUUUUCAGUUGUGCUUUUUGUUUUCAAUGUUCCAAAGCUGGAACCACCCUCGAACAAGUCCCAAAUUGUUCAAAUAGCUGCCCAAGUUGUCCGCCCGACACGACUUCCGUGACAUCUGCAAGGGGAUGCGUUUGCAGGCCCGCGGGGGUGCGGGAGUGGAUUCCGGCGCCGUGGGAGGGAUUUUUGACAUCUCGAACUCGGACCGGUUAGGCGUGUCUGAGGUGGCUCUCGUGAACAACAUGAUCGAGGGCUGUGCGAAGUUGAUCAAGAUGGAACAAGCGCUGGAGAAGGGCGAGUUUAUCUACGAAUUCAUGCCCGGCCUCGGGGAUGAGGAGUAUCCCGGCUUCCCCCACGACGUGUGCCCGGACGAGUGCCCCGACUUGUCCCACCACAACAGCAUUAUGACGGAUGUGCUCAAGGCGAAUCCCGACCUGUACGCCGAACUCAAGGACCUCAAAACGGAGAUGGGCGUCGGCCUCGCGCGCUGCAUCAAAACGGGCAUGGACAACAAGGGCCACCCGAUGAUCAAGACUUGCGGUAUCGUCGCCGGGGAUGAGGAGAGCUACAACGUACGGCAACUUUUUUUUUUCCUCGUAGUUGCUUCGUCCCAGCCUCAUAUCGCGCAUCGCAAAAGAGAAUAUUUUAUAUUUAAGAGUUUGUUGAUAAUGUGAAGGAGAAGGUGAACUGUACGUGCAUUUUGGCAGGUUUUUGCGAAAUUGUUUGACCCGAUCAUUGACAUCCGACACGGCGUAUCAACUGUAAAAGUGUCUGGGUCUGGAAGAAUCUGACACUUGUCGUGCACGUUUUGCAUGAGCCAUGAUAUCUGUGAUGCACCCCAUAGCAAUACAGAUUUUUUGAGGGCUUCUUGAUGCGUAUUCCGCAUGACAAAUGCCUUCUCAGCGUAGCAAAAAUUGCCUUUCCUUUGGUACUCAUGCAAUACAAAUUUUUUUGGAAUCCAAAUGCAGCAUCACAAGUUGCAUUCUUCCAGACCCAGACACUUUUACAUUUGAUACGGCGGCUAUGCGGCAGACGCAGUCCACCCCACAGAUAUGGACAUCUCGAAGCUGGUAUGCUUGCAAGCACUCAUGUCAGCAAGGUGAAAAGAGCGAAAAGGAAAACGAAUGCAACGCGCAGUGUGCUGUCAUGCUGCUCGUCGGUUGACAUUGACGUUAUGAUGUCCUCUGUUGUAAGUCAUAAACUCUAGCUGUUUCUCCUAUUCAAAUGUAUUGACGUAAAACGAGACUAGACCGCUCCCGCCACCUUUACUUGGUGGAGAUGUUGCCCGGAAGGAGCCGCCACAUUUCAACAUAGAAAUAGCAAUUUUCGGCUCUUUCGUUCCUGACCCUGAAAGAUUUUCAGCGGAUAGCUGGACUCCACUGACAUUGAUCCGACGGGGCAGUACGUGAUAUCUUCCCGCGUGCGGACCGGGCGAAGCGUUCGCGGCCUGCGGCUCCCGCCGGCAUGCACCAAGGAGGACCGCCUACCCAACAGGAAAGAACUACACCCAUGCCAGAAAAAAAUGAGUUUCGUAGUUGUAAUGCUUUUUUCAUUUUUCAGGUCAGGAGCCAGAAAUCAGGCUGUUUGUUGAGCAUGACAAACCUUUGUCACGCUGGUCUGCAUUACUUCCAUGCUCCAGGAUGCAUGACAGAACCCUGCCCCUGCUGCAGAUCAGCAUCGCAAAACUUUCUGUCCCGGAAACACACCUACGUGAAAUUGAUCCGGUUGAUUUCUGGUAUGAGUGUGCUUUACGCUGCGAUGAUGGCGGGAGCUUGAACGAGUAGUGGUGAAGGCACUGAUGACCUUGGAAGGGGAUCUGAAAGGCGACUACUAUCCGCUCGCGGUAUGAAGCGACCCUGCACAGCUCCCCCUAGUUUUCAUUUACACUUGUGAUGCGAAAUUGAGAGCAAUACCAAUAGUGCGAUGAGGUGCAGCACCGGUUGGAUUAGGAUUUCGAUUUCCAUGCUCAGCUUUUUGGCAAUUGUACGCUGCCUGCGUGACGAGCUCCUGGAGCGGAAAUAGCCGCAGAUUGUCCGUCUCGAAUGAAGGUUCGUUUGUCAACUACAACUACUCUGUUAAUAUACUGGUGUUGCGUCUGCUACUAUUUGUAUUUUGCUCUUGUUCAUCUUCAUCAUGCCCUUCUAGAAGCAAGUGCAAGCAGGCGGAGCGGGAGUUCUGCACUUUCAUACGUGGGCAGCAAGUCGUACGAACCCAAGCCUAACGGGAUCACUUACGAAGAGGAGGAGAAACUCCGAAACGACCACUUCCUCUUUCAAGAGCCGGACUCCACACUGCUACUUUCGGGGGGCAUGGGUCGACACUGGCCGGACGCGCGCGGAAUAUGACAGUGCACAACCCCCCCUCCCGCUUCUUUGACAGGCAAAAUUUAAAUUGCAACCCAUGCCGUUGCCUUUGAGCACUGACUUGCAUGGUGAUGACAAGCUGUUGUAGCACUCGACUCCAACUAUGUGCCGGGAUCUCCUGUCACACAGAAGCUGCGCCUCUGCUGUCGUUUCUGAUGCUAUUUUUGCUAUGAUACAGAGAGCGGUGAGUUUUGCACACUGAUACGGAAUUUUCUUCAACGACAAGAAGAACUUCCUGGUCUUAUGCUCAGUAGAAACGUCGCCCCCGCCACCCCAUAAGUAUAGAUAUGUCUCACAAUAAAUAUCUGUAUGCGUAGUACUUAGACGAUAUUUCGGAUGCGCAGCCGCAGCCCGGCCCCAUCAGGAUUUUUUUUCUAAAUGCUAUUGUGGAAUUUCUUUGUGAUGUAAUCAAUCUUCUUCAGGAAAUAUUUGUAAGUUUAAGAUGAUCGACUUGUGAUGCCAGUGCGGCGCUAGCGCUUAUCACCAAUACAUAGAGCGAACUUGUAGUCCGCAACAGCCGAGCCCGAGCCCGAAACUUCUCGGCUUGUCGUGUAGAAAAACCGCCAUCUUGGUUUUGGGGUGGGGACGACGGUUGUUUUACACAGGAUAGGUCUGGGUGAACGAGGAGGACCACACCCGGAUCAUAUCCAUGCAGAUGGGCGCCGACAUCAAGGAGGUAUUUUCGCGGUUUGCAACAGGGUGCAACGCUGUGCAAGACGUCGUUAAGGCCGAGGGCUAUGUACCAAAAGGAAAAAUUAUCCCUUCCCAUACUAACUACUCGAACUGGGAUUGUUUUUGCAAUGUAGUAUGAUUUCUGAUCACAAGGCACGUAGUUGUCACGGCAGACGAGGGGCGGAAGUAGAAACGCGAUGUGUACAAUUGCUGUCCGGGACGAGGGAAAGACUACGCUGUGUGUUCAGCUUGACAGAGAGCAACUGCACUGCCGGAAGUAGUUGUAGCACACCAAAUUGCAGCCUGCAAACCAGUCCGCAUCUUCAAGUUUGUUUGGCGCUUUGGUUUCUAACAAUACGGCUCGACUUCUGCUGCACUUAAAUCGUGCGUGAAACAAAGUUUCCGUUUGAGUACGGGUAGGGAACAGUUUUUUCCAGACGAUACUACGACUUCAUGCACAACGACCAUCUGGGAUACGUGCUCGUCUGCCCGUCAAAUCUCGGAACAGGCCUGCGUGCCAGCGUAAUGGUAAAGAUCCCGCUUCUGUCGGCACUGCCCGACUUCAAGGCAGUCUGCAAAAAGUUCAGCCUGCAACCGCGAGGUACUGUUUCUUCGGUGCACAGACAGCUUUUUCCCUAGGCCUAGACUGGGGAACAUUGCUACUUCGUUGUCCCUUUUUUGCUGUUGUGAGUACUUCGUUCUAGGUACAAAUACAAAAGAGGACUCUACCUGAAUGUAGUUGGAAUGAUAGUGAUAAACGGAAGGCUUCCAAGUGCCAAUCCUGUGAGCAUGAUCCCAAUGCUUCUUCAUAUGUUUAUGUUGGUUUGGGCGGUUAGCAACGCCCCCGGUACUCAAGCCCAGAUAGAUGAAUCGAUGCACCAUCCUUCGUCUGGCAGUUGUUCGACGAUAAAAAUGCAGGCAAAUACUAGUUACUUCACAUUAGUACAGAGAAUCCAUGGUUUGCCUCGAAUAUGAAAGAGCCUCGAAAGGUGUUGACCAAGAUCAAAACUCAACAGGUGGCGCCGGUGUGGAUAGCGACAGCAGUGGGGGCGUCUGGGACAUUUCGAAUAUGGAAAUAAAAAGCAUGCCCUGGUAACCAGAAAUGUACAGGAAAGCCUCAUUCUGAUUGGAAACCUGAACGCCCGCGGUGUCAAUGCACCACCGGAAAUAAAAGUCUUCGAGGAAUUAUCGCAAAGUUGAAGAAGUAAAUGAUCGAAUGCAAAAUUUUGUACGUUUUAAGGUCCGCAACUGCAAAUAAAGUUGCUUUGUUGCAAUUGUCAUGCCAGCGUUUUGCGUCGCCGUCGGUCUCUCCACUUGCACGCGCUGACGCUGGUAGAAGCACCAGAAGCGUCCUCCUAUGCAUGGCUAAAUGUGGUGAUUCUUAUAUAUUCGUUCCCAAUCAGAAUGACGAAGACGAGAAAAGAUUUUGAACAUUCUGGACUAGUAGGGACACUUUCCCAUGUGAUAUCGAAUUCCGAUCGUUUAGGCAAGUCCGAGGUGGUAUCGUGCGGAAAAAUGCCAUCCCGAUCCCCACAUUGAAGAUUAAUAGAUUCUUACUCGAAUGCUGGGUAGUGAGUCGAAUUCGUGUUGCUCAAUGUGUGGGCAUGAGUAUAGAUGACGGGUGAAAAAAAUGGAGAAAGCCGUAUGACUACACAUAGCUGGGCUGACAAUCAAAAUGUCAGGCCAGACCUUCCGAUGUCAUUACCCGAGGUAGUGGCUGGCAAAAUGGUGCUUGUUGGUGAGUCGUUGAUUAAGGUAUUGCGCAUGCCAAAAUAAUCUUGUUCUUGUUCGUUGCAUCUCAUCGAAUCGAGCAACACAAAUCUAUCUUUGCUGUGUGGGAGGAUUUUUUCAUUCUGAUAGGUGGACCUCGUCAACAACAUGAUUCGGGUAUGAUAGCUUGACAGGGGAUUCGGGUAAAAUGGAAGAAUAGCUUUGCAUGUUGUAUGAAGCCAUAAUCGCGAUUGGCCUCGUUCAGCCCAGCGCUUCUCUCCACAUUACAGAACAGAAGCGGAACUCUCGCACAUCCCAGAUUUGCAUAUACAACAAGUAUAAUAGGGUGGGUCUGUUUUAUUUCCUCCGGAUCAUAUCUUUUGUGUUUGUCUUCGUGAUUUCUCUACAAGCUGCAAGUGCUGCUCAACGACAACGAGUUGCUUGCAGCUUUGCGCUAAGGUAAAGAGAAGCAGCAUGAGAAGCAAAAGACUCCUUGUCGGAAGGAUUCAGGAGUGUACAUUCAUUGAUUGCGUACGUGCGCAGUUUUUGGAGACAGGUACCAGGGGCUUCAAAAGAAAAUAGUAUUUUAUGUGCUUCCAUUCGGAAGAAUUUCCGGCCGAACCUUUCAUAUCGCGGCUUUAUGCAGAGAAGCCAUGCAUCACUGUCGCAGGUUUGCAAUUUCAAAAAAAUUUAGUCAACCAAAUGCUAUGACAGACGGUGGAAAUAAAUCUGGCUUGCAGUGAGUGUGGCAGCAGCGCAUUCGUUCUUCAUGCAGAUAUGUCUUUUUGUCAUGGACAUCAUGGACAUUGUGCCUGCGGAGAAGAAUAGAAAUUGCCAUAGUGUGAUCUGUAUGCAUUUUUUUUCCUGGAUAUCCUGUGCGGCCUUCGUAG